GCCAUGGCCGAGAUCAGCGACCUGGACCGGCAGAUCGAGCAGCUCCGGCGCUGCGAGCUCAUCAAGGAGAGCGAGGUGAAGGCGCUGUGCGCCAAGGCCCGGGAGAUCCUGGUGGAGGAAAGCAACGUGCAGCGGGUGGAUUCUCCUGUGACAGUGUGCGGGGACAUCCACGGUCAGUUCUAUGACCUCAAGGAGCUGUUCAGGGUCGGGGGUGAUGUCCCAGAGACCAAUUACCUCUUUAUGGGUGACUUCGUGGAUCGGGGCUUCUACAGUGUUGAGACCUUCCUACUGCUGCUGGCACUCAAGGUGCGCUACCCUGACCGCAUCACACUGAUCCGGGGCAAUCACGAGAGCCGGCAGAUCACGCAGGUAUAUGGCUUCUACGACGAGUGUCUGCGCAAGUACGGCUCCGUCACCGUGUGGCGCUACUGCACCGAGAUCUUCGACUACCUCAGCCUGUCGGCCAUCAUCGACGGCAAGAUCUUCUGUGUCCACGGGGGUCUCUCCCCGUCCAUCCAGACGCUGGAUCAGAUCCGCACGAUUGAUCGCAAGCAGGAGGUGCCGCACGACGGGCCCAUGUGUGACCUGCUCUGGUCUGACCCUGAAGGUAUGGGAGGCAGGAGGCGGGGGAUGGGGCUGCAUGGCAGGAGAGCGGGCGGGUCCUGGGAUGCGCUGAGGGCCCCCAGGUGUGGGAAUGUGGCUGCCAUCCUGGAGCUGGACGAGCACCUGCAGAAGGAAUUUAUCAUCUUUGAAGCUGCCCCCCAGGAGACCCGGGGGAUCCCCUCCAAGAAGCCCGUUGCCGACUACUUCCUGUGACACCCCCCCACCCCACCCCCGGACUGAGGCAGCCCCUGGCUUCCCCUGCUGGGGGAGUUUGGGGGCACUUGGGGAGCUGAUCCCGGCCCCACUUGUUCCCUGGGGUGUUGAACGUGGGGCCGCCCAGAAUCCAGCCCUGCUCUGGGUUGAACUGACUGUUACCUCCCUGUCCCCGUCUCUCUCCUGCUCCGUGUUACUCCUCCCUCUCCGUAGUGCCCCCAAAUCGAUUUCUCCAGGCUUCAGUCCCCCGCCUCUUAUUUAAUAUCAGGGCCCCUCCCUGCUGCAGCCCUGGCCUGGCUGCAGCAAGGCAUCUGCCCUCCCAAACUGGAUCCCACACAUUGGGGGGACCUCAACCCAGUCAGACACCCCAGUAUCCUGUGGGUCACCCCACAACUUCAUCUCUCCUGAGGGACCAGUUUCCCCACCCACCCCGUCUUCCUGGGGAGGGGGGGCUAUUCCAACACCCCCAUUUCUCUCUGGGGAGGGGCCCCUCCUGAUCUGUCUCCUCUUGACAUUUUUAUUUCUUCGGUUUAAUUAUUUUUUCCAAUUUUUGCCUUUUUUGUUCAUUUUAGAUUAA